CAAGGCAGACAGAAGUUACCUUUGCUGCGGCCUGGACGAACGGUGGUCGUUGUCGUGUGCAGGAUUUAUCCAAAUUUGUGAAUUCAAAAAGAAAAAAAAAAAAUAAGAUAAAAGAUAAAUUAAAAAUUUAAUUAAAACUAAACAAAAAAAGUUUUAAAUUAAAUCAAUUUAACAGUAGAGGCCAUUUUUAUUUGGUUUUGUGUAUUAAAAUAGUUUAGUUCUGUUUAGUUUAGAUUUUUAAAAAAAGUGUGCAUCACUCAAAACCAAAUUUAAAAAAUUAAAAAAAAAAAUUUAACACGGGUUUUCGAGAGAAUUGAAAAGAAUAAAAUUUCAAAAAUCCUUAUUUGAAACCGCAGAAAAAAAAAAAUAAAAAAAAAAAUUGUACAAGAUUAAAAACGGUGAAUUCAGUGGACUUUAGUUGAUUUUUAGUUUCGGAAAAUAUAACAAAAAAGUUUUAAAAUCGACUGUAUUAGUGUUUGAGUCUAUAUCAGACGACAGUGGCGUCUUCCGAGGGUACCAGUAGCGGUGGCGAGUCCGCCCUGUUUUCCAAAUUAGGCGGAUCUCUGUUCGGAAGCGGUCCAAAUUCACCGCAACGUGUGGUUUCAAAUAUACGUGGAUUUCUAUCAAAUCGACUGAGUAAUAUUGCUCCACCAGAUACAGGUUGUCCCAUCAGACUUGAUGCCACCACCACCACCAACACAAUAACUUCAAAUCAUCUCUAAACAAUAAGUCCAACAUGACUUCGACAGGCGCACCCAACUCCAGCCGCCUUACAUUAUCCGCAGUGGAACAACUGCGAUGAUACCUCGAACCAGAGUGAUAUUAAAAAUUGGAUAAGUUUAAGGAUCGUGAUCUUCCAAGUAACAAGCUGAGCUUGUGUCAAAGCUUAGUAGACAAAUUUUUUUUCAAACGUUAAAAGAAAAAACAAUCACAAUGUCGUUCACAAUACCGGUAAUAAACUUGGAGUUCCGCGAGGUCAAGGAGAUCGUUUGGGAGAAGAUCCAGGAGCCUGUAAUGCAGCGCCGACUGAUCCUUGUCAUCGUAUCAAUUGCCCUGCUUCUCGAUAAUAUGUUGUACAUGGUCAUCGUUCCGAUUAUCCCCGACUAUCUGCGUUAUGUGGGUGGCUUUGACGAUGGCACUCCAGCACCUCUGCUAAUUGACAAUAUCACUGGAAAGCCAAUUCCCAUGAAACACGAUCACCACGGACAAGACUCUGCCACGGGAAUUCUAUUCGCAUCAAAAGCCAUCGUCCAGCUAAUGGUAAAUCCAUUCUCAGGAGCACUCAUCGACAGGAUCGGUUACGAUCUACCCAUGAUGGUUGGUCUGAUCAUAAUGUUCUUGUCGACGGCUGUGUUUGCCUGUGGCCGUAGCUACAGUGUGCUCUUCUUCGCGCGUUCACUUCAAGGUGCUGGAUCGGCGUUUGCCGACACCUCGGGACUUGCCAUGAUCGCGGAUCGUUUCACAGAAGAGAACGAGCGUUCACAGGCACUAGGUAUAGCCUUGGCAUUUAUAAGCUUUGGCUGCUUAGUAGCUCCACCUUUUGGCGGAGCUUUAUACCAAUUCGCUGGCAAAGAGGUUCCAUUUCUAAUUCUGGCCCUAGUCUGUCUAAUCGAUGGCCUAAUGCUACUUCUCGUAAUGAAACCGUUCAAAGAACAACUCAGUAUGAGCAAGGAAGUUCAACAACAAACGAUACCCAUAUGGAAACUUCUCAUCGAUCCCUACAUAGCUGUGUGCGCUGGCGCUUUAACAAUGUCUAAUGUCGCUCUAGCCUUCCUCGAACCAACAAUCUCACUUUGGAUGGAGGACAAUCUAACUACGGAUAAUUGGAAAAUUGGAAUGGUGUGGCUUCCAGCCUUCUUUCCGCAUGUUGUCGGAGUUAUCAUUACCGUCAAAAUGGCGAAAAAAUACCCGCAGCAUCAAUGGUUGAUGGCUGCUGGUGGAUUGGCACUCGAAGGGCUGAGUUGCUUCAUCAUUCCUUUUUCAAGUUCGUACAAAGUUCUAAUGAUUCCGAUUUGUGGAAUCUGCUUUGGCAUUGCGCUCAUAGACACUGCCCUUCUACCCACACUGGGUUACCUUGUAGAUGUCCGAUAUGUUUCGGUUUACGGUAGUAUCUAUGCCAUUGCUGACAUCUCGUAUUCGAUUGCUUAUGCAGUGGGACCAAUUAUUGCCGGUGGCGUUGUCGAAGCCAUCGGUUUCACCGCCCUCAAUUUCCUCAUAGCCUUUUCGAAUUUAGCCUAUGUACCGGUUCUACGAAAACUACGCAACAUUUACGAUUUUAAACAUUUCGAAAACGAAGCAAAUAUCCUCAUGCAAGAUCCACCCAAUAAGGAGUAUCAGACUUAUGUUAUGCACGAUCAGCAGCCGGUGGAUGGUGAGUUUAAGAAUCAUCUGGAAUAUGGUCAGCAGUAUCAGCAGGAGAAUACUCAAGAAACUACAUUAGAUCAGCAGGGUUAUGAAUAUCAACAACAACAAGCUGAAGCUGUGGGAGGUUAUCAGAAUGCCAAUUCUGGUUAUCAACAAUAUCAGCCAGGUUAUCAGGAACAGGGUGGUCAAUAUCAGCAGCAGCAGCAACCACAACAAGAGCCUUCAACUCGACAUCUUCCACAGCAACGUGUUGCGAAUCCCUUCCAACAUCAACAGCAGCAACAACAACAGCAGCAGCAACCAGAGCCACCUAGUGGCCCGGGUGGGCGAACAGUAUCAAAUCCAUUUAGACAAGGAUUUUAAAAUGUUGUCUUAUACAAAUUUAGCUGUAGUAUAUUUUUGUUUAUAUAUUUUCGAUCGAAUAUCGUACAUAUUCCGUUGAUCUCAGAAAAUUAUUAAAACAAAUUAAAAGUGUGUUGCGCAUUCGUUAGUAAACAAAACAAAAAAAAUAACUAUAAAUAUUUAAUAGAUACAUUUUACAAUCUUCGUGUAAUUUUCAACAAAAUAUUGAAAAAAAAACUGUACAUUUUAAUUUCGAGGCUGUAUGAUAAACA